ACUAAUAAGCCAAAUUAUUGUAGAUGAUAGGAGAAUGGUUGUUAUUUUGUAUGAUUGGUUUGUCGACUAGUGAAUUCGUAAAUGUGAUCCUGAAAGAUGCCAGUUUCAAAGACGUUGGAUUAAUCAAUGGAGUUGUAAUACCACCAACAGAACGCUAUAAUUUGCCUGAAGAAACUGGAAAAAUUGUUCCUAUCGAAUUUGGUGGAUUUGGGGAAUCGGGAUUAGACAAGCUUUCAAUGUGUCAAACAGGGGGAUGCAUACCCAUUAUAGUUAUCAACAAAGACGCUCGCUAUUCCAAUAGCACUAUGGCUCAAUUGAAUAGGAUAGCUGAUAUCGUUAUCAUAGGCUUUGAAGCCUCUCCAGAUAAAUUCAAUCAGGGCUCAUGGGAGCACAUAAAAGAUACACCUCUCGCUCUGAUAGAAUAUAGUGAUGCCAAGACAGCUAAUCUCAUGGUUAAGAAAGGUGUUGUUACAUACGCAUCUAUAUCUGCAUACACUAACCAUAUGAAGAGACGGGAACAUUUUAUGAAGCUUGGAGUGCUAUUCCUUGUUUUCGCCUCCGCUUGCUUUAUUCUCGCCAUGCGGGUCCGAGCACAGAGAAGUAUAUACGUGAUCAGGCGACAUGCUCAACAGAAUAUGAAAGAGCGUAAAGCAAAACAGAAGGUAGCUCAGCUCCCUACCAGAAUUCUGAAGAUAAACGAGCCCUCGUCUGAGUGUACCAUUUGUUUGGAGGAGAAAAAGUUCCCGUCGAAAGUUAAAGUGUUGCAAUGUGGUCACGAGUACCAUGACCCCUGUAUAACACCUUGGCUUGUAUCUCACGGUACAUGUCCCCUCUGCAAAUAUAACGUCCUCGACGAUCGUAGAGGCGAAGCAGAGGAAUGUCAACGAGGAAUGUCAGUAGAUCCAGAGAUGGGUAUAAUGAACCCAGGUGCUAUUAGUAACGCCUCCUCAGACGACUCGAUCCUAUCUAUUGGGUUGGGAGGGACACAGACUCCAGGAACUGUCAACCAAACAGCAGAUGAAGAGCCGAGUGCUGUGGCCGCCGGUGCGGAGCAGCGAAAUCAGAGUAGCGCUUAGUGCUAGCUACUGCAGGCAGGUGGUGAGUAGCCACUACGAGACACUCAUAGAGACCGCCUGGAAGGAGCAAGCGGAGGGGAGACUGUACUGUUCUCCCCUGUUCCGACUCCACGCCACCUCCCUACCAGGGGCUUGUUCACAAUUCGAGUGUAGGGCGGGACUUACCUGCAUGUGUGAUGAUGACAGUGUGUUGGUGGAGGACUUUAAAGAGAUCGAACUGAGGGUGGGACUUACUAAUACCCGGGAGAGCUCAAUUACACGGCACUUAUCUGCCGUGUCAAGUGACUUGGCGUACAUUGGGUACGAACUGCACAAGAAACCGCAAAUGUUUUUAGCAGACAGUAUAGAUAUGCAUGCUAUAUUUGUCACUAAGGACGCUCUUACACCCUUGGUGAAAUCCCUGUCAUCGGCUACUAACGGUGCUGUUGUUGAAAACGUUAGUCUGGAUAGGACCAAGAGUAACGGGAGUCUGAGCAGUAAAUCGGGGAGUGUGAGCAGCAAGACCUCACUCCGUGCCCCGACUAUCAUCCCUAAGUGGAGCCUGCCAACAGGACAGCCUGAACCUACUACCUGCAGUAUCUUCUCUUACAAGGACCUUGUAACGAGGAAUGUGAAGGAAGUACACAAGGAGAUGGUUGAGAGCAUGUUCAGGUUCCUUCGUGAGAUGUUGGGGCUUAAAACUCCCUCCUCCGAACCCACCGCUCUCCUUGCCAUACACUACGACAAGAAACACAACAACAAACCCGAGCUCGUAUUCCUCCUCAAGUCAGGCCUGACCUCUAUCGAGCUGGCGGACAUUUUCAAAAAAAGUAAAGCCAAAAACUCGUACGAGCUUGCCUUCAUCCAAAAUGCAGAUCUCAAGAUUCCCUUCAACGAAAACGAACAGCUGCCGUUAUGCCAGGUGGUGGAGAGAAAAGUGACCCGAAACUUUGUUGAGACUCAGUCUGUUGGCGAAACCACUAAAAAUGUCAUAAAAUUGAUUCAAAAAUUCGAUGGCAUAGAUUUCGCCAGUUUCAAGUUUUAAUUCUUCCUUUUAGUUUUAAACAACUUUUUACUCCUCGCCUGAGAUGAUUCACAUUUUUUUGUAAAUAAUUUUAGGAAUGAUGAUCCUUAUUUUUAGCUAUGCUGUAUAACUUAUAUUGUUAUGCUACUGAUUAAUUUGGAUAGGCUCAAUGUAUUCGUACCAUGCAAUUUAAUACUGCAUCCCGGCCCCUUCCUAUCAGUUAAUGUAAAUAUCUGUUUGUCGUAGAAUGUGCAAAAAAGACUAAUAAAGUUAUGUUUACAUUUUUUUCGGGGAAAUGAUAGAUUGCAUUGUGUACUAUUAACUACAUGAAUGAACCUCAACCGAAAAACAUCCGUGUUCAUUUUGGUAGAGAAUUGCUAUUCUCCCAGAUUUAAAAAAAACUUAAAUAUUAAUUUUUCCAUAAAAUUUCUAAAUAUGUAAGCUUUCUUGUCUCUUAAUCUUAGUUGUAAAUUGAAAAUUAUUUUGGUGUCGCUGGUUCACUGGAUUGUUGAAAAGUAUGCAAGCAUUAAUUCCAAACGCUGAAAAGUAACGGUACGUGUUAGCAAUUUACACUGAAUACAAAAUGUUGUCGUUAGCACUUUUCUACAAUACUAAACGCUGUUAGAAUUUUAUUUUUUGCUACACAAAAUCCAAUGUUAUAAUUCGAUGAAAACCCAGUCUAAUUUGGUAAAAGAAUGCCGUAAAAUGUUUUGUCAACUCUGGGAUAUUUUUACAACUGACCCAUAAUAGCAGAGGGUCAGGUAUUUAAAAAUAACAUUGGAUUUACACCGACCCUUGUAACCGGUGAUUGUUCCACUGAAUGGACCCCAAGGAAUAUAUUACGUGAGUUUUGAUGUUACAAUAAAUUAUAAUAUGCUGCUAGUUUUACAUAGCAUGAGAUCAAUUGAUUGUGAGUUUGUUCUUUUGGUAAAUGGUUGAUAAUUAAUUGAAUAAUUCUGUGCAUCAAUCAUCUUUUA